AUGAUGUACAAUGCUUUGAUGUUUGUCGGAUUGACACUUCUCGCGAUCCACGGUAACAUUUGUGUCGUUCUUUGAGCGACUUUGAUAAUGGCUUUCAGGCGCCCAAUGCCAGAUUUGGAAGCCGGAACAUUUGACGCUUGAAGAGGGGAUGAAUGUGGAGGAGACCAAUGAAAUGCCCGACGCAGACCUGAACGAUGAGUCAAUCGAACUCCAAAAAGGUUAGAAUUCUUCGAAAAAUGCUAGAGCAAACUUGAUGAUCUUUUCAGAAGAACUAGAAGAAUGGGAAGCUCCAGCUGAACCCCAAGUUCAGGAAGUUCUAGUCGAGUCCGAGGCUCAAGAUCCAGCUCAAGUUCAAGUUCAAGAAGGACCGUUUGAGCAAGUUGACGGUCCUUCGGCCCACACUCCUGAACCCUUGCCAGUCGUCGAGGCCUUCAUGUUCAACUCGACCGAAGUUGAUGACGCAUCCAUCGGGACCGAAUCCAAUAUUUCCAUGAUCGAACUUGUCGAACUCUCGGCCGAAUCGGUCCCCGAAUCCGUGAUUGACCUGACGCGUGGCAACAAAUCGGCCGUCGAAACUGUCGAACAUGGUGCAUCGGCCGUGGCGUCCGCGCUGAGAGAUCAGGUCGAAGAGCUCGUCGCCUCCUCCACCUCUUUCCAUCUCGCACCACUUUCCUCGCUCAUCGCGCCCCUCCUCGUCUGGAUUCUUGUGUGA